CUCUACACACCUUAUCGCUCUCGAGCAGGCGCGUAACCACGUUGCGCUAUCCACGGUAUCUAAAGAAAUAACAAGCUCAGGCGAGAGCUGCAUCACAAGCGUUUGUGGCGUGUUUGUUCCUAGGUAUGCAGUCGGACAUCAGAAAGCAAGAGUCUUUCUGUUUACAGAGAAGACAAAAAGGAUGAAAUGCAACCACCCGAGCCGGUUUGGGACACUUUAUGUGAUAUUUUGCGCCAUGCUGGCAUCUUCAAUCGUCCAUGGCGCACGAUAUUUCGAAAGAAAAGUGUCUACGCUACUGAACGAGGUGCCAGAAAACCCAAAGUGCUUUGCUGAGGGCAGGAAAGACUUCACAUGCUUCUGGGAGGAAGAUGAGGAGAGGGCCGGAUCUGUGGAUCAGUACUCUUUCACAUACACCUACCAAAAUGAACACAGCAACAGAUGCCCAUUGAGAGUCCUACAUGCAGCAGGCGGGAAGAGACUGUUCAUGUGCCAUCUGAACCGAACCCAGAUGUUUGUCCAAAUGGACAUACAGGUUCUCCGAGAGGGAACUCUGAUCCACAACCGCAGCCUUCUUGUUGAGCUUGUCUUUCUUCUAGACCCUCCAGCUAAUGUGACAAUAAGCCGCCCAGGUCAUCAAGGCCAGCUAUAUGUUAGCUGGAUGCCCCCCCCUCUGAAGUACAUGGAUGACAGCAUGAUCUACGAGGUCAGCUAUGCUACAGCUGACAGCCACGUGUGGCAGGUAGAUGUGGCAAAAGCCAGCUCAAGCAUGAUCUUGAGAGGUUUGCAGCAAAGUACAAAUUACAAGGUGCGAGUCCGUGUGAAACUGGAUGGGAUUAGCUACAACGGCUUUUGGAGUGCCUGGAGUGAUCCUGUGUACAUGGAAACACUGCCUGCAGAACUUGACCUACUCAUCGUGUCCCUGACUCUCAUCAUCUCUUUCAUCCUCAUUGUGGUGUCCCUCACAAUACUCCUGUACCAUCGCAGAUUUCUUGCAAAGAAAAUUUGGCCAAAUAUUCCAACUCCUGACCGCAAGUUCCAAGGUCUUUUUACUGUCUAUGGUGGAGACUUUGAGGAGUGGUUGGGCCAGUCCAAUGGAGGCUUCAGGUUGACUAGAGGUUUUUUCAACUCAGAAGAAUGCCCUUCUCCCCUGGAAGUCCUCUCAGAGCUGAGCCUGUGCCCCUCACUGCCUUCCCCGCCUCUGCCACCAAAGGCCUCGAGGGCUUUGACCACAGGAGCAAAGCACACCAUGGAUGUAAAGAAAAGGCUGGAGAAGAGAGAGACAGCUGAAAUGGUUGAUUCAGCUGGGACGGAGGGAUGGAGAGCCCCGCCACAUGAUCACUGGCUAAUGGACUGUUUACGGGCGCUCCAACAGGACACAGUUCCCAGCUCCCAGUCCUCCAUUCUGGAAUCUCAAGAUGCAUAUGUUACCCUCAGUGCCAAUAACUGCAGCAACAAUGAACACCUGGAUGACAUUCUAGAGGAGGCGUCGCCCCUUGAGGCGCUUUUUGCCUCCAGAAAGACAGUGUCUUCUCAAUCUCAUUCUGACCUGGGAUCUGUUCAGCAGAGCUCCGGGUCAGGUCGACUAUCAUCGCAGUCCAGCUUUGAGUACCCAAACCAUACCUGGAUGCCUAGAGGCCCUGCAGAAUGCACCUACAUGGCAGUGGCUGACUCAGGGGUCUCUAUGGAUUACAGCCCCAUGAGCAGAGCAGAUGACAUUGGAAAAAUGGUUAUCUAUGCCAAUGAUUACAAGAAUGACAUCCCUGCUCAUGUGAGACCAUUCUUGUUGAGGCAGCAUCCUUUCCACGAUGUUGACAGCUGAGAGGCAGUAAGGCUGGACAGUUUGAACAUGGACUGGGGCUUAAAACAAUUAACUCUCUCUCUCUCUCUCUCGGGGCACUGGUGGCGCAGUGGUUAAUGCGCGUGCCUCAUGUAUGGAGGCUAUAGUCUUCAAAGCGGCCGGCCCGGGUUCGAAUUCAGCCUGUGGCUCCUUUCCCGCAUGUCAUUCCCCUCUCUCUCGCCCUGAUUUCCAACUCUAUCCACUGUCCUAUCUCUACAUAAAGGCACAAAAAGCCCAAAAGAAAUCUUUAAAAAAAUUAA